UUUAAGCAAUUUCUUCUCAGCGUACGCUUUCCCGCACCCUCGACGGGGGGUUGGUUGGUUGGCUGACGGGACGCGUCUUCCUGGUCCGUGCAACCAUCCGUCUGUCCGUCCAGCCAGCCAGCCAGCCUACGGCCAGCCCGGGGGGUUGUUUUCGCCGAUGGCAACGCCACCGGUGGAGGGUGACGGAAACACCCGGCCGCGUUCGGGGGUACGAGCAGUGCGGCUUGAUCCGCGGCGCCGGCCGAAUCAGCAAGCCACAGCUCGCGACGAGAACGCGCGGCCGCGUCCGCCGUGCCUGUACGACGCGACGUGCCGGAAACGAUGAAUGAAAAUGCGGCCGGGGGUGCGCGCGAGUCCGCCGAUGCCGCGACGCGAUCGGCCCCGAAUUGAAGCGAGUGUCGAGCAAUGCCGCGUCGCGCGCGGCCUGCCGAUUUUUCGCCCGUCUCGGCUGCAUGACGUCCGGCGAAACCGCCGCUGACUGACACUGCUCCUCUUCGACGUGUCGACCGGAAGUGUCGCGGCCUCUCAACGUCUUCCCCCGAUACGACGAGAAACAAAAUGUCGCUGAAUCGGUCAGCGGGGCUCGCCUCGUAAAAUCAUCGUCGCGCGCGAAGUGCAGUUUCAAUCGACAGGAUUCGCGAGCACGCGAUCAUGGAUGUACCAGGAUCAAGAGUGAUCAGUGCGGGACCACGGCGAAGAGUGCGCGGGUGUUCGCGAAAACGCAGACUCGAGGAAGUUCGUCUCGUUCGCCACUCCACAGGAUAAUUCCCGUCCUUCCGGGACGCACGCGAACGAACCAGCAGCGCUUUGUGCUGUGUAAAAUAGAAGAAACAAGGAAGAAGCCCAACCCGACACAUGUGAUAAAAGAAGAGGAUACUCGCGAGGGCAGCCUCGUCCGAGGGAAAGCGUGACGCGCAGGAUGUGACGUCACGGCGUUAAUUUGACGACGACGAGGAAUCGCGCUGUCGUAAUUUCACAGCUCGGAUAACGGACGGAUAUUAAUCCGACAGCGGCUGUAUCCGCGGAGUCGCGCCUCGUGCCGGCAACCCGACGCUUCGCCGUCAUUAGAGAAGAAAAAAUCCAAGAUAAGAAUAAAAAGAGAUGGAUCUCGGCGCGAAGCGUCCGAAGAGCCAGCCGCGACGAGUGCAGCCGCGACGAGGACAGAUUGAUCGGUACGUUCUCUAAUUUCAAGCGGAAGAAAACACCCAAAGACCAUGUCCCAUCGUGACAAUGACCUCCCGGGGGCGGCGAGCAGAUGCACGCUCGCGAUGACCUGACGGGCUAGCGGUGACCCAGCCAGUCACACAGUAAGCGACACCUCUUCAGCAUCGCGAAACCCGCGGCAGGAUGGCGAGCGCGCGAGUCGAGCGUAGCCCACGACGAGGACGGUGAAACAUCCCUUGCCGAGGAUUCUUUCCCGGAAGGCCAAGCAGCUAAGCCAUUGACUUAGCCCGACCACCCAGCCAUUCAUCCAUCCAUCCAGCCAGGCGUCCCAAGCUCCGUCGCCACCAUGCUGAACAUCAUGGCGGCGAUGUCGACGAGCCUGCCCGACGGCCGGCUAGAGCCGACGUCGUCGAGCAUCAUCGGGAACGCGAGCGGCGCGGUGUCGAGCGCGGCGACCACCGUCAGCACGGCGGCGUCGUCGUCGUCGAGCACGGCGGCGAACAACGUGACGGCGUCGUCGGUGGGCAACCCGACGGUGGAGAACCUGCCGGAGCACGUGAACGCGCUGAUGGUGGUGAUCAAAGGCAUCAUCAUGGGCAGCAUCAUCACCACCGCGGUGUUGGGCAACAUACUGGUGAUCGCGAGCGUGCGCCGCCACCGCAGGCUGCGGGUCGUCACCAACUGCUACGUGGUGAGCUUGGCGGCGGCCGACCUGCUGGUGGCGAUGUGCGCGAUGACGUUCAACGCGUCGGUCGAGCUGUCGGGCGGCCGCUGGCUCUUCGGCGCGCACAUGUGCAACCUGUGGAACUCGCUGGACGUGUACUUCUCCACCGCGUCGAUCCUGCACCUCUGUUGCAUCAGCGUGGACCGUUACUACGCGAUCGUCAGCCCGCUCGAGUACACGGUCAUCAUGCGGCAGAGCACGGUCGGCUGCAUGCUCGGCAGCGCUUGGGUCUUGCCGGCGCUCAUCAGCUUCAUACCCAUCUUCAUGGGCUGGUACACUACCGACGAGCACUUGGACUUCAUGGUCAAGCACCCGGAGGUGUGCGCGUUCGUGGUGAACCGUCCGUACGCGGUGAUCAGCUCGUGCGUGUCCUUCUGGAUCCCGGGGCUGGUGAUGAUCGUCAUGUACUGCAAGAUCUACAAGGAGGCGAUCCGCCAGCGGAAGGCGCUCAGCCGCACGUCGAGCAACAUCGUGCUCAACAGCGUGCACCAUCACCGCUCGUCCACCCGGCACCACCAUCACCAGCAGAUGCUGCUGCAGGCCGCGGCCGAUACCGGUGAGCUAGCCCUUCACGCCGCGCAUUUCACGGUACCCACGGAGCUCCACGCCGUUAACGGCACCUCGAUACGACAACAAACAAAGAGUUGGAGAGCUGAGCACAAGGCCGCGAGGACACUUGGUAUCAUCAUGGGGGCGUUCAUACUUUGUUGGCUGCCGUUCUUUCUCUGGUACCUGACAACGUCCCUGUGCGGCGAGACGUGCUACUGUCCGGACACGGUGGUCUCGGUGCUCUUCUGGAUCGGUUACUUCAACAGCGCUCUGAACCCGCUCAUCUACGCGUACUUUAACCGCGACUUCCGUGACGCCUUCAAGGACACCCUGAAGAGCGCCCUGCCGUGCUGCGCCAGCUGCUGGAAGACGCCGUCGCAAUUCGUGUAGCCCGGCAAAAAAUCAGCCCCCAACCCCUCCACACAUAUACACACACGUUUCCUCCUCCUUGCCUCCGCGAACAGCGAGUUUACCCUCUCUUCCCCUGGUUCCUCCCCCUUCUUUUUCUCUCUGUCUCUCUCUCUUGUUUGUUUGUUUGUUUGUUUGUUUAUGUCGACGACGAAUUCCCGGGCGGAAUUUUGCCGGCUGUUCUGCGGCGCGCUUCGUUUUGGCGAUUUUCGCACCAGCCGACGCGCGAACAUCGAGUUCGCAAUUAACGCUUAUUGCCCGGCUCUAUCGACUAUACGCGUCACUGGUUCUCCCGUGUUAUUCGCGACUUUAUACGACUAGAGAGAGACAGAAGUAGAGAGAGGAGUGUGUGAAAG